UUGCUAUGUUCUUCAAGCUACAGUCACAACCAUGGAGGCGGUGCCUCAACAGACUGCCCCCCCUCUUUGUGACGCCAGAGCGUUGCUGGCGAACCCGGAUGUAACCAACGCCUAACUUCGGGUGAGACGAUGCAGACCAUAAAGUGUGUGGUGGUGGGGGAUGGUGCAGUGGGGAAGACCUGCCUGUUGAUUUCAUAUACAACCAACAAGUUUCCUUCCGAAUAUGUCCCUACGGUGUUUGACAAUUAUGCAGUGACAGUGAUGAUUGGAGGGGAGCCCUACACUCUGGGACUGUUCGAUACAGCAGGUCAGGAGGAUUAUGACCGGCUUCGGCCCCUAAGCUACCCUCAGACGGACGUCUUUCUCGUCUGCUUCUCCGUUGUAUCCCCUUCCUCCUUUGAGAAUGUCCGAGAGAAGUGGGUGCCGGAGAUCUCCCACCACUGCCCACGAACCCCCUUCCUGCUGGUGGGAACCCAGGUGGAUCUAAGGGAUGACAGCAACACAGUAGAGAAGCUAGCCAAGAACAAGCAACGCCCCCUGUCAUCCGAGAGCGGGGACAAGCUUGCGCGGGACCUGCGUGCCGUCAAAUACGUGGAGUGCUCUGCCCUCACACAGCGAGGACUGAAGAACGUGUUUGACGAGGCCAUCUUGGCGGCACUGGAGCCCCCCGAGACCAAACCCAAGAAGCGCUGCACCCUGCUAUAAGGGGGUGGGGGUAACUCGACCAAGGGUCGGUCGUUCAGAAGGCAGAUUUCAAGCAGAAGAGCAGGGUUGGGUAUGGGAUAUCACGGGGUCACUGUGGGCUGACUGGGAGUGGGUGGGGGGGGGGGGGGGGAAGAAAGCGAUAGUUAUUAAACUCCACUGUAAUUCGUAUACAAACAUUCAUACACUGUGCCUUCCGCAACUGCCAAACGGAGUCACAUCUCAUUACUCUAUUCCUCAACAUGCCAACAUGUCUGUUCUCCCUCGUCACCAUCUGUAUGGGAUGCACCAAUCUCCCAGGCUGUACCAUUGUGGUCGUCCUUGAACCAGAAUUUUGGUGACUUACUAGGAUACUGUAGGUGAACUGGUGGGGGACAUUUCCCCCUGCCCCCCAGGUCGUGACUGGGAGCUUCAAGUGCAUUUAAAGAAAAAUCAGUGUGCUGCCCUCUGCAGGGAACUGAAUUUAUAUUUUCCAUUGAGUAUGAUGUAUAAAAAAUGAAUAUUAUAUUUUUUGUUUUGGGGGAUUUAUAGAGGAUAUACAAAUUGAAACUUGAGUUUUUUUAUUUUAUUUUGUGAUUUUGUUUUUGUGUUUUCUAUUUUCUAGUGUCUGUGUUAGAAAACCAUUUUGGCUGUGCUUUAUUAAUAAUGUAACAUCUAGCUAUGUUAUUUUAGAUAACUGAUCUUUAUUAUUAAUGAUGCAGGAACCGUUUAGUAAAUUUUUGGGUGUUUGUAAUCAGAUUUGUAAUAAAAUUGGUUUAACUGA